AUGCAAAGUUGUUUCAAAAUUUGUAGAUGCACGGAAGAACAAAAGGUAACUUAUGCUGCUACGACCUUUGUGGACUAUGCACUACACUGGUGGGAGACUGAGUGCGCAGUCAGAGGUGAUGAGGAGAUUGCUGCCAUGGCAUGGGAGCAAGUGAAGAAGAUGAUGAUGGAUAAGUACUGCUCGCAAACAGAAGUGAACAAGCUAGAAUCCGAAUUUCUAAGGUUGAAGCAAGGAUCGUUGUCAAUACAAGAAUAUGUCAACGAGUUUCUUGAAAAGGCAAGGUUCGUCAAGUAUCAGGUGGCCACCGAGGAGAGAAAGAUAGGCCGUUUCAAGGAUGGCUUAAAAAUCGAGAUCAAGUGGUAUGUGGACAUGACUAAACCAGCCACGUUCGUACAAGCAGUGGAGAUGGCAAAGGUGGCGGAAGAGAACAACGCUAGAGAAGGUAGUGAUAGAAAAGAGGUGAAGAGAAGAUGGGAAGGAUCGAGCAAGUUUCACAAGAAAUCCAAAUGGAUUCCAACUCCGACAAAAACCCGAAGCGAGGAACUCACCAUUCUUCCAUGUAGCAAAUGCAACAAGAGGCACAAGGGAGAGUGCAUAGUGGGGAGCCUGACGUGCUACCGGUGUAACAAACCGGGGCAUACCGCAUGA